AUCCCAGUAAAGGAAGGGCAGACUCUUUCGCGACCCUUGGGCGAGGCCUGGCAACAGUGACCUGAGGCCGGCGCCUCGCAUGGCUUCAGGGCCGGGCCUUCCCGCCGGGGGAAGAGACCGCGCCCGCUCCCUGCCUCCCGGAGAGCAAGCCCGCCUCGCCCGCAGUUGGCUCGCUUCGCGCGCCCAGGGACGACGGGCCGUCCUUCCCCGAAACCGGGAACGAAGCGCGGGCGGCGCGUCCUUGGAGCCGCAGCUCAGGGCGGAGGCGGCGAGUCCACGAGGCGGGAGCCCCGCGCCUCCAUCCCGCGUCCCGGGCAGCAAGCAGCCUCUCCACCGCAAGGACGCGGCUCGCCCGCCCGCCAGCCGUGGGCGUCUUCUUCCCCGGCGGGCUCAGCCUCUCACGAGCCCUCGCUGCGGGAGGAGCGGAGGUGAAUUCCUGCGGAGCCCGCCUCGCGCUCGCAAGGGCGCCUCUCCGCCAGGCUCUUCAAAGCAGGUAGCACUCGGAACUUCCAUCUCUCCACUUUGAAAACAGAGAACAUGGAAGAAGCCAUAGAGCCUUCACCGGAGGGAAAUUCUCUGAUAAAAGCUGUCUAUCACAGAAGGCUUCGUCUCACAAGGUUGUUACUAGAAGGUGGGGCCUACAUUAAUGAAAGCAAUGAGUAUGGUGAAACACCCCUAAUGAUUGCCUGUAAGACCAAGCAUGUGGAUCACCAGAGUGUAAGCAAAGUCAAAAUGGUGAAGUAUCUGCUGGAAAAUAAGGCCGACCCAAACAUACAGGAUAAAAGUGGAAAGACAGCCUUGAUGCAUGCUUGCUUGCAGAAAGCUGGCCCUGAAGUAAUUUCUCUGCUUCUUAAAAGUGGAGCUGAUGUAAGCUUGCAAGACCAUUCUGGUAAUUCCGUCCUUGUUUACUCUGUGAAUUCAGAGGAUAAAGAAACCUUGAAAGUUCUUCUAGAUGCAUGCAAAGAAAAAGGAAAAGAAGUUAUCAUCAUUACAAAAGACAGAUCUCCUUCUGGAAGGCAAAGAACUAGGCAGUAUCUGAAUGCCCCUCCUCUUGACACCGAUGAAUCUCAGUCUCCAAGUUCUUGUACCUCUCCAUCAGAUGUAGAAGUUAAAACAUCUCCAUCUACAAAUGCGAGUGAAACAGAAAAUGCUCUGUUUAACUUCAAAGAGACUAAUUAUCCUGGAAGACAGGAGGAUUCACCAGAGUCACAUUCACCUUCAAGAAAAACACACACAGGGCCUCAAAUGCAACAUGUACAUUCUGAAUCUUGGAUGAAACCUUCUUUACUCUUGGAGCAGACUCAAAGAUCCUCUUUACAAGAAGACCUUCAGGAUAUAUCUCCUGAGGAAGAACUGUGUCUUAAAAUCAAUAGUCUCGCUCUGUCUAAAAGGUUUAUCACCAGACAUCAUAGCAUUGAUAUAAAGGAUACCCUUAAUUUCUUGAAAAACUUUGAACAAGCAGCCUCAAGAAAAAUGUCAUGUGACGGAAUACAUUCUCAUUUGCUGUUUGGUGAGACAAAUCAAAGUGAGGUUCCUGCUGGGCAGGCCCCUGAUUCAGCUCAAACAAGUUUAAUUUCCACCCUGAAAAGCAUCGUUGAAAGGAGAAAUCUGGGAGCAAAUCACUACAGUUCUGAUUCACAGUUAACUAGCUUAGGCCCUCUUUCAGAAGACACCAAACUGCUUCUUGGGAAGAAGAAGCUUCUCUCUCCGUCACCAUCGCUGUCAUCAAGUUCUAGAGAACUGAUUGAAAACAUGCCUCCAACUUUCUUGAGCAGGAGAAAUCAUGCUAUUUUGGAGAGGCGGGGUUCAGAUCAUACUGCCCUGGCGAGACCUGGUUUUCUUCCGCCUUUAAAUGUGAACCAUCCUCCUCCAAUUCCUGACAUCUACAAGAUUAAUACAAUGGGUUCUUGUGGACAAAAGAACCUAAUCCCAACAGCACCUGCUUACCCCAAAGACUCUAAAAACAAGACACUUUUGACAAGGAGGCAGUCAUUGCAAACUGAACAGAUCAAGCAGCUGGUGAAUUUUUAGCUUGACGACAGUUGCAGACACACUAACCGUGUUAUUAAUUUGGAGUACAAGAUUUUGCUGCAUCAAGGUUUCGGUAACAACAAUACAAGAGUAGUAUUUCUCUUACUUGGUACUAAACAUUUUCCUUGACAACUGCACAGAAGUGUUCUGGUUGGUAGCAGAUAAACUAUCCUAUAAAAUAUUCCUGUUUUGCUCAGAUUUCAGAAUAAUAAUAACAAUAAAAGGAAAUUAUACAUAGGAUUCUGUGCAAAGUGAAUACGAACUAAUAUUUUCUGAGAAGGAAAGAAUCUGAUGAUGCAAAUUCUUUCAUUUGCAAAUACUAGGCCACAGUCUUUCAUGAAUCUGCUGGUGCCUUAUCUCCAGUGUGUAAUUGUCUUUCAGGAUCGAUUAAAUGACUAAAUUCUGUACAGUACAAUAGAGGAUUGGACUAUAAAUCGGCAAAAUUGCAGUCUGUAUUUAAGUGUACUUAUGCCCAUUAAUUUCAGCAGGCUUAGUCAUGGUUAAUGGUGGCUAGUGGCUAUUCUUGUAUCAAAAUAUACUUUUUAAAAGGUUAUAAAUUCACAAAGAGAAGUAAGUGCACAUUGAGGAAAAAUUAUAUAGAUUU